UGCAGAUGCCAAGUAAACGCCACGCCUUUGCGCGUUUAGCUUGACAUGAUUCUACCCAAACCGGCCCAAUCGCCGGCAUUUCUGCACAUUCAUCCGCUUCACUCCUCCACACUUAACUUAACUUGAACGUUAUAACAAUUACCCCACCCUUAAUUCUCUUGGGUUUUAUUUUUGUUUUCUUUGAUUUUGAUUUAAAGAACAUUAGUCGAUCGGUGAAAUUUCUGGUGUUGAAAGAAGAAGAAGAAGAAGAAGAAGAAGAAGAAGAAGAAUGGGGGUAGAUUACUACAAGGUGCUGAAAGUGAGUAAGGACGCGAGCGAGGAGGACUUGAAGAGAUCCUACAAGAGACUCGCCAUGAAGUGGCAUCCUGAUAAGAACCCACUGGACAAGAAGGCAGCUGAGGCCAAUUUCAAGCAAAUUUCAGAGGCCUACGACGUCCUCAGCGAUCCCCAGAAGCGUCAGAUCUACGAUCUCUACGGCGAGGAGGGCCUCCUCUCCUCUGAUUUCUCCCCCUCCGCCGCUAAUGGCACCGGAAACCCGGCCUUUCGCUUCGACCCACGGGACGCCGAGGACAUCUUUGCCGAGUUCUUCGGCGGAUCCGACGCUCGAGCCGGCGGCGGGAGCGGGAGGACCCGCGGCGGCAGUGGAGGCGGAUAUGGACGUAGUGUUCAUGGGAAUGGGAAUGGGAAUGGUAAUCGUAAUAGGGACGUGGGGAGUCAAGGAAACAAGAAACCGCCGGCGAUAGAGAGCAAGUUGUCGUGCAGUUUAGAGGAGCUUUACAAAGGUGGCAGGAGAAAAAUGCGGAUCUCUCGUUUCGUUCCAGAUGAAUUUGGCAAGCCAAAAACUGUUGAGGAAAUCUUGAAGAUAGAUCUUAAGCCCGGAUGGAAGAAGGGCACAAAGAUCACUUUCCCAGAGAAGGGAAACCAAGAACCCGGCACCAUCCCUGCUGAUCUUAUAUUCGUGGUGGAUGAGAAACCACAUCCUGUUUUCAAAAGGGAUGGGAAUGAUUUGAUUGUAAAUCAAAGUAUCUCACUUUUGGAGGCCUUAACAGGGCAGACCCUUAAUUUGACGACCUUGGAUGGAAGGAAUCUCACGAUCCCAGUGGUAGAUAUCGUGAAACCGGGUUGUGAAUUGAUCAUCCCAAAUGAAGGAAUGCCUAUUUCCAAAGAUCCCAGCAAGAAGGGAAAGCUUAAAAUCAAGUUUGAAGUUGUGUUUCCAUCAAGGCUCACCACAGAACAGAAAUCUGAUCUGAAGAGAGUGCUCGGUUGAGCUGAUAAUAAACCAGUUUUGAGUUAAAUGCUGGAGGCCACAGCUAUGCCUUAACACAGAUGAUAUGUAAGUCAAUCCAGUGUAAAUAUUUACAUCUAAGUUGUUGACUAUUUGUUCAUAGUAGGAAGAAAGUUGGAAGUGUGCUGCAAAUGGAUGUUGGCUGUUAAUUCUCUUGGAGUCUAUCAUCCUCAAAUAUUGCCUUUAGCAGCUGGAAGGUUGACUUUUUCCGUUGAAUUGUGCAUACUGCUAGUUAUUUGAUUGUAGUAGUUUGAUUUGAGUUAAAUAAGGAACUUUCUUGUUUCUUACCCACACUGAAACAUUUGAACUCUGA